UUCAAGUUCAGUGCUCUUCAAUCAGAAAUGUGCAUGAGGCGCUAAUAUGGCUAAUUAGUUGAAUUUAUUGUGAAAUUUGUCAUGUUGUUAUUUGUGUUAAAUUACUAAUUUUUUGAAGAAGAUUGCAAAAGAGUGUGCUGCACUUUAAUUAGAACUACAAAGUGGAGUUAAUAUAACAUAAAUUAGUACAUGAUUAAUCAAGAAAAAUUUGUACGAAAUUGUGUAUUGCAAUCGACUAAAAUGUGUUUAUUUCUUUCGCCACGACCAACGAAGUAAAGCAACCAAGAAAAACUUAUGUGCUUGAAAUUUGCUCGAAAUGUGCUCCGUUGUUUUACAAUCAGAAACACAAUCGAAACCAAACUAUUCGAUCAACGAUUUAAUUGGCGAAUGGGGACUAUGGCAGCAACGUAGCGUUUUAUUUAUAUUUUUGUGCAAACUACCUGCCGCCUGGUUUAUGGCUUGUAUAAUAUUCACUGCUCCAUUUGCGGAAAAUGGUGAAUAUCACUGCCAACAGGAGAAUUACACUCGCCUCGGUGAGAUUGAUCGAAUUGAUUUUUGCCGUGUUGACGUUAACCAGACGGUCACUAUACCACCACAAUCAUCGCAUACCGACCAAUGUGAAAAAUUUACUCAUCAUUCCAUUUUCAAUUCACUUGUCACUCAGUUUGAUUUGGUUUGUUCACGACGUAAUUUGAUUGCAAUUACACAGUUUUUUCAUUUGUUGGGAGUCUUAUGUGGAGGAAUUCUUGCAAACGAAUUAUUGGUUUUCGUUAGCCCUAAAAAUGUUUUUCUCAUUGGGAUUAUCAGUCAAAUCAUUUGCGGAUGUUUAACGGGACUUGUAAAUAAUUUCAAAUUGCACGUAUUUUUUCGUUGUCUUACGGCCAUUUGCUGUUGUCAAAUGUACACGGCAGGUGGAAUCAUUUUUUCAGACAUAUGCGGUGGAAAAUAUCGGAAGUCAGUGUGCGUUUUGUUUGAAUCAUUUUGGGGCUUAGGCAUAAUAUUGUUGCCAAUUGUAAGUCUAGUGCCAGCAUGGUCUUGGUCUUCCAUUUAUUUGGCGAUCUCACUACCGACUGUUGCAUAUAUUUUGAUAUGGUUUUGGAUACCAGACUCAGUGAGCUGGCUUUUGAGACAUGCCAAAUUGGCUCCCGCAAAAAAUAACAUUUUCUAUGCAAUCCAAGUGAACAAAAGAACGUCCCAUUUACCAUCGAAUUUGGACAGUUUUCUACAGCAUAAAGCAUACAUUUAUUCAAAAGAGCCCAAAACAGACAACUGGACAUCUCUUUGGUCAACAAAAAUGCAAUUUAUUUUGAUGUUCGCCUUACAUAUUGCAUGGGCUGUUGAUGUAACAAAUUAUAACGGAAUGCUGUUGAAUAUUCGCGCUUUCGGCCGAAAAUAUCUUAUUAUAAAUACAAUUGCGAUGGGAAUUUGUGAGCUGAUCGGCGUGUUCGCCGCAUGGUUUAUUGUUAUGAACGCACAUAAAAAUAAAUUUCUUUAUUCUGGUUUAUUUAAUAUCGUUGCUGGCAUUCUGAGUUUCAUAUUCCCUAGUACACUUUCGGGAAUAGACGUAGCGUUUGGGAUGACAUUGGCAAUGAUUUCAAAAAUAGCAACAACUUGUUCACAGGCUGUUUUAUAUACGUGUACAGCUGAAUUACUGCCAGCGCCAAAGCGAAAUAUUUGUAUGUUUUCAUGUGUGGUUUGGGCUCGUACUUGUCUUUUAACCGCACCAUUUAUUUGUACACUUACAUUUGUACAUAACCUUUUCCCACUAGCAGCGUUUGGGUUUAUUGAAAUUUGCGGUGGAAUUUGUUCGUGUAUUGUCGAUCGCAUACACAAUACACCGAGAGCAACGAUCGAUAAAAACUCAAACGAAGUUUUAAAAAACAUAGAUAACUCACUAGUUACAACAACCCAUAUGUGAGCAUCUUUAUACAUAGACGUAUUUUUUUGUGAUUAUAGAUUAAGUUAGAAUAUUAAAUAAUAAUAAUGAAAUCUGGACCAAUAACAAUC